UCCUAUGUUAAUCUUCUUUUCUUUUCAAAUUUAUAAGAUUUUUUUUUAAUAAUAUGAUUUUGAUUGCUGAUCAAUGAUCAUGAAUUUGUAUAACCCUUAAAGGUUUUCACCUUUUCCUCCAGAACCAGUUGCUCUAAACUAUGGUCAUGAUGCAAAUCAUGAAAUCCCUCUUGCUACUAUUACUAGACCCAGUUUUGAGAGGAAAGAGAGGAAGAUUGGUUAUGGCAGUUGAACUUAACCAACGGUAGGAGGUAUAUAUAUCAAGGAGAUUGAACUUGUGACACAUGUAGACUUUUACAACUUGCACUCAUCUGUUUCUUUGGGGACCUACAGCAUGGGAAGUGAAGCAGAAAGAAAAGGCUUUAGCAAGAGGUAACUUGCAUUUGAUGUUGAAUUUUGUUGCUUACUCAUCACAUCCCUAUAGUGGCCUGUUUCUAUUUCCUUUGAUGGGCUAUUAGCCUUUCAUUCGUUCCAUGACUUCUAAUUUUUUGUUCCGCUGAUUGGCCACCAUUUGCCCUAAUCAUUCAUAAUGGUAUUGCACAUGAUAUACUGAUUUAUCUACAAAAGUUUAUGUAUAUUGCCUUUUCAUCAUUCUUAGGUAUGCUAGCUUUUCCAUUUUUACCUUUAGAUAUGGUUAUUUUGGCCUUGCAUUGUGGUAGAUUGUAUUCAUUGAUUGAGUACAUGCAAUGGUAUACAAGAUGUUAUGGUUGUAAGCUUCUGUACUGGCACAUGCUAUGAAUGAUAUAUUUUUUUCCCAUAUGUAGGAUUGGUUCUAUGCUUUUUCUAGAAUGACAUAGCUGCUACUGUAACAUGCAUCAAAGGGGAAGGUUGGAGGCCAAGUGGUAAUGAGAACUGCGUCAAUUAGUCUUAUCCAAUCCAAGAAGCAUUAUCUUGGGGAAUUGGAUCUAGUCUUGCCAUAAUGGAAAUAGUUCACAACAUCUUACAAGAACUAAAGAUCAACCAUCACAGUUUUGAAAGUCACACAAUUGUUAAAAGAUCAGAAAGAUGCUCAUAUUUGUUUAUGGUGAAUAGAAGAGUAAACUCUUGACAGGGAAAUUAAGAAUGUAAAAUCAAGGUAUUUAUAAAACAAAGAAUGAGUCUUCAU